AUGCAGCCGGAUCUUGCUAUUCUGAAUGCAGAGCAAUUCAACAUCGGUGGCCGGAUUCCGAAGGCGGGUCGAAUUCGAAGAUCCACACAACAAGAGAUCUGCAGAGACGCACCCGACAGUCUCCAGGCCGCCCUAAGUGCGCAGCAAGUCGCUGGCAUAGACUCGACCAUCGCUGCAUUUUCCAAGGUCCCUUCGGCUAUGAAAGAGACACUGAAACGCGCUUCCACCGCUAGUGGUGAAGAUGGCGAGCAGGAAAAGAAGCGGGCACGAGGCCGUCCGAGAGUGGCCGUCAAGGACGUUACCGCAGCCGACAGACGGCGAACACAAAUCCGACUGGCCCAACGGGCCUACCGGAGCCGGAGAGAGAACGCCAUCAUGCUUCUCAAGAAGAAGGUGCAGGCCUUGAAGGAAGCGAAUGAGGCCAUGAGCAAUGCUUUUAUGAAUCUCAAUGACGCAGCGAUCAGCUACGGCCUGGUCGAUCAACAUCCAGGCUUCGCUCGGCAGCUUCACAGCACCACAGAGGUUUUCUUAGAUCUUGCCCGGCGAGCCAGUGGAGACGAAGAUGACGACAACGACGAGGACGAAGACGCCGGCGACAUGACCGCUACCGUCCGGCAGCCUACGACAACCACCAGCAUGUCCAAGGAACAGCAGGUUAUUGCGGAUGCUGUGCAAGUGUUUGGCUACUCGACACGAGAGAGGUCCAGCUCGGCUGAGCAGGUUAUGCCCAUCUCGCAUCACAUGAACACAGCAGACGACACGCGAAAGCGGCCAACCCAGCUCUACGGAGGGGUCGUUGUCGAGUCUCCGGAGCUGACCGAGAGCACCAUGUACUCGGGCCAGCAGACGGUGUAUGACAACAGUGUUGGCUUAGCGACGACUGUGCCUAGCAGCAGCAGCAGCAGCAGCAACUCACUCAUGUCGAUGACUCCAAACUACUACACCAACAACGAAUCGUUUCACUUUGGCGGCCAUGCAAUGCCGAUGUUCCCAUUUUCCGGUCGGAACACACCGGUUCCAAAUACAUCCAACGGAUUGGGUGCCAUUCCAGUCAAUCUCUAUGGGGGACUGACUCUCCCAAAGUCGUUUGCUUCCCUCGAAGGGACCUUUGGUCUCCGUCUGCUGCGGACCGCCCUCGAGAAAGCAUACGUGUUGCUGUCUUCCCCGAAUCCGCCACCGCACGAGUUCGCCCGCCUCUUUGGCCUGUGCGUCAUGUUCGAGCCGAUCGAGAAGAUUCGAAAGCGAGUUUUCCAUGGACUGGACCAGCCGUUAAAUGCCACGCUAUCAACUGAACGCUGGGGGCCGAUCGAGGAAAAAGACGACUGCUGGCCCUUCACUUCCGACAGGGCCCGUAAGAUCGAAGCCGAGGAACAUGACCCUGAGCUCUGGAGCUGUACCGACAUCCCCGGAUUCGAAAAUUCCUUUUACGACUGCCACGGCACCGAGCUCUACCUGCGCCAACGGGGCGUGCACAUUCCCGCCGGGUCCGAGCGUAUCAUCGUCGAAGUGGAUGCGGAUGACUUUGGGGGCGUCGAUAAUUACAAAGACAAAUCCGUUGUGGCCAAGGCCAUAUCACACAGCCCCGGCAGCAGUCCGCGGGAUGCACCUUUCGACUGGAACAGCGGCAAUGACAGCACGGUCCCUGUGGGCGGCAAUGACAGUAACGCAUAUGCUCGCGAGGAUGCCCUGCAAUCCAUGCUCAUGUUUACGCAGAGACAGGCGCCCUCGCAGCAUACUGGAGCAACGUCUAUCGACUUCGUCCAAUUGUCCCACCCGCCUGGCCUGAGCCCUUCUUGCUCCAGCAGAUCUAGCAGAUCCGACUCGGCUACCCGUCGUGCUGUAGCAUUGGACGUGGAUCGCUUUGUUGAAGAGCUUUCCGUGCGGGCUACUUGCAUUAUCCGGUCGCCAGGCUUCCGACCAUCUGACGUAAACGACGCAUUCUGGAAGGCCGCCCAGACUGUACAGGCUGCUUCAUAA